CGGAACAUGACGGCGCAUUUUAGUCGUCGCGGGCGCUUGUCGUACCGAAAGUCUUAUAUUUUCGUGUUAGUCUUCCGUUAAAAUUAUCGUAUAUUUAAAAUUUAACCGACAAAAAAUGCAUACGAUUCGGACAUCGAAAUUGUUUAAGUGACAAUUGUCAUAAGUAGUCAUUUGGUCAUUACUCAAGAAUAUCUGUACCUUCAUAGUUUUACCCGGAUCAAAUUGAAAUAACGCUAUGGUUGAUACUACGCACGUGUUUCUGUUACUAAUUUUUUGUAUUUAUUUCAAUAUGGCUAUAACAAAAAACGAACAACGAGGAAAACAAAUUCUUAAACAAAUUGAAUCUGUCGUUGGAGAUAAAGCAAUUUUACCAUGUCGCGUGCAAGAUGGGAAAACAAAUAUAACCGAGUGGCCCGUUUUAAUUAUUUGGUACAAAAAUCAAGACUCACCAAUUUACAGUGUGGACCAUCGAGAACGGGCAAUAGCCAAACACUGGUCGAACAAUUCAAUAGCAGAACGCAUUUACUUUUCGAAAUCACAAGGUUUUGCAAUGUUAACAAUUAAUAACGUCCAAGUUACUGACGGCGGAGAGUACCGGUGCCGGGAGGAUUUUAAAUACGCUCCCACGCGAAACAACUUUAUACUCCUCAAUAUCAUCAUUCCGCCAAGUAGAUUGGAAAUCGUCGCUUCCAAUAACCGUGUUAUUUGGAAUUCCACAGUGCCACCAGUUAUUGAAAACGAAUCAUUGGAAAUUACAUGCAUAGCGUACGACGGUCGACCUUUGCCGCGUGUUAUGUGGAACAUUCGAGGGGAAAACGAGGACACGGCAUACGGAAUGAGAAUUAGUGAUACAGCGGUUGCGAAUACAUUAAGAAUAGCUAAAGUGCGCAGGGAAAACCUGGGGAAGACACUAGUAUGCGAAGCUUCCAAUGUCGCUAAUGCCGUUCAACUGUCUACGUCUGUCACCAUAAAUGUUUACCUUAAACCACUAAGUAUUUCCCUCACAGGGGCAGAACAAGCGUUCACAUCAGGUGAACCAAAUAGCUUAGAAUGCGUGUCAUACGGAUCUAGGCCAGCUGCCAAUAUAACGUGGUACUACAACGGACGUGAAAUAGAUUACGAAACUAGGAGGAUCAAGGUAAUUGAAAACUUUAAUAUGACUUGGAGUACUUUAAAAAUUAUACCAAACGAUGAUAAUGACUUAAGUGUAAUAACCUGUGAGGCAAGUAAUUCAUACUUUCCAGCUUACUCUUUACAGAAGCAAGUAACACUCCACGUACACUAUCCACCGAGAUUGCAAAUAAAUCUCGGAAGAAAUUUAAACGCAUCCGAUAUUAAAGAAGGGUCAGAUGUAUACUUUGAAUGCAUUGUCAAAGCAUCGCCGGCUAUAACUAGACUAGAAUGGGAUCACAAUGGCACAGAAGUCGGACCUCAUAGUAGUCGAAAGAUAAUUUAUAGCAAUCAAACGUUGGUUCUACAAUCGAUAACACGACAUGGUUCAGGGAGUUAUCGAUGUAUGGCCAUUAAUGCGAAUGGAAAGUCUGUUAGUGAUAUUUAUAUGCUUGAUGUAAAAUUUGAACCAACAUGCAAUACUGAUCAACAGCGAGUAUAUGGCGCUCACAAAGGUGAAACCGUGUGGAUAAAAUGUGAUGUGAACAGUAACCCCUCAGCUUUGUCGUUCCGUUGGGUUUUUAAUAGUUCCAUUUCAGGGCUUACUAAUGUGAUAACUUUAGAAAAAUCAUCGCCUAUAAUUAAAUUCAAAGUUAAUAACUUUGGUAUGAUGCUUUGUUGGGCUACCAAUUCAUUAGGUAUCCAAUCACAGCCUUGCAUUUUUCAUGUUGUUCCAGCAGAGAGACCAGGUUCUCCGCGAAAUUGUACUCCUAUAAAUAUUACAAGUACAAGGUUUACAGUCUUUUGUGAACUCGGUUACGGCGGCGGUUUACCUCAACAUUUAACAAGUAACGUCGCCAUGGCGGCCCGGCCAGAUUUAAUGAUAGCAAAUUACAAUGGCCAAGCUGGCCUUUCAUACAUUGAGGCAACUGGAUUACGACCGUCCACUCAAUAUGUAGCAACAGUGUAUGCAAUAAAUGCUAAAGGUACAAGUAUCCGACAUAUGCGAGUUUAUGUAGAAACCGCACCCAAUCCUAAGGACCCUCGAGUGGCUGGUGAUUCAACCAGCACUGCUACUCGGUUCUCAGAUGCUGCAUACAUUGGCAUUUUUUUACUCGGCUGUUGUAUGGUUGGAGCAUGUGCCAUGGCCGUUGUAUUUGCAAAACGGCUAGCGUCCAACGUCCGCAGAAGUCCAUCAGUAUUCCAACAACGACCGACAACUGUCAUGGCCCGAGAGGACCAAGGAAUUCGAUUUGCAGGAACUAAGGGUAGUGCCGACCGGUGUCCAGUUGUUUCAAAGAGUGAAAAUGGAUAUCAAUCAAGAACUGCCAUUCAAUUAAAAUCACACGAUUUUCGAAAAAAUAUGUCAUGUCGCGAUGAUUCAAUAGAGCAAACAACCUGUUCAGUUAUGUCAAUCCAGGAAAAACGCAAUGUAAAUCUAUUUAAUACGGACAAUUGUGUGACCAACAAAAAUAUUAUUCGAUCAUAUGGGAUGCGGAUGUCAAAUGGCGAUAAUCAACAAAAACUGUGCGAAUCAUUCGUCGUAUACCCAAACCACAAAUCUGUGCCUGUACAGGAUAUGGUUUACACUCGGGCAGCUAAACCGUACACAGAAAUUGAAAGCAUCGUGUGAAGACUAAUAUUUGAAAAGAUAAGAAUGUCUACUAUGAACUAUUAUGUGCAGCCAAAUGAUUCUGUUCAGAAGCGUUUUUAUUGGUUCAUAACUCAUCGAAGUGAAUCGUGACUGAUAAAUAAAUAAUUCUAUCAAAUAAGUCAUAAGAAAGGAGUAAAUUGAACAACAAAACAUGAAAAUAUAUUAUUGUUAUUGUUGUUAUCUAUUACCAUAUAUAAUAUAAUACAAAUAUUAUGUAAAAGAAUUUAAAAUAAGCUUUAUAUUAAUGAAUUAUUCGAUACAUCGUAUAAACCGUAUCAAUAAACUUCAUGUGCAGAGCACAGAGUAAGAACACAGCAAUUCCAUUAUUAUUAUUUUUAUUUCAAACUGAGAAUAACGAAUUUAAAAUGUUGACAUUUAACAUUACUAACUGUAUAAUACAUUUUUUGUGACAAAUUGUAAUUUUAAAAAGUAAAUUAAUAGUAUAAAAAUGAAUGUGUCAAGUGUAAAUCAAUGUACUAUCUUAAAAUUUAUUUAUUGUUAUUUUUUACUUUUUUAUAAAAAUAUCAUGUUCAUAAAUUGUUGAAUAAUAAGUUUUUAAAUAAUAUCCUGUGAUGAUACUUAAAAUGGAAUUGUUUUUCCUUUUUUUCAAAUGAACCUAGUUCGUUUUUUAACUGUGCUGAUUCUUAUGAACAAUAAGACAAAAAUCAUAAAUCGUAUUUAGUUGAAGACAUUUCCUCCAUUAAUUGAAAAAA